GUUGACUUGUGCGUCUCCUUUGUCAGAAGAGUUAGUCACAGUUAUAGAAGAUGCCGACAGACAACAAGUGAAGGGAUGUGUGACAGAUAAUGGCUGAAAAAAGCCAGGAUUUUACUGACUUUGGGAGCAGAAUUGAAGAAUAUCACCCAAUGAAUGAUGGCCUUGGAUCAGAGACAACAGAGGAAGUGGAACCUCAGAGACAGAGAGUGAUAUACAUCAAUGCCCCACAGCCAGUCAAAUACUGCUACAACAAAAUCAGCACAGCCAAAUACAGUUUUUUGACCUUCCUUCCUAAGUUCCUCUUUGAGCAGUUUAGAAAAUAUGCCAAUAUCUUCUUCCUUUUCAUCUCAUUACUACAGCAAAUUCCGACUGUGUCCCCCACGGGGCGGUACACCACGGCGGUCCCUCUGUUGGUCAUACUUAGCAUCUCAGCCGUCAAGGAAAUCAUUGAGGAUUAUAAAAGACACAGACAGGAUGAUGAAGUAAACAACAGAGAAGUUUUAGUUUUACGGAAUGGAGUAUGGACAAGGGCCCGCUGGAUGGACAUCCUUGUGGGUGACCUUGUCAAGGUCACUAGUGGUCAGUUCUUCCCAGCUGACAUGAUAUUGUUGUCAUCAAGUGAACCACAAGCAAUGUGUUAUAUAGAAACAUCCAACUUAGACGGAGAAACGAAUCUCAAAAUUAGACAGGGUUUACCUCAGACCUCCAAACUGUUGACACACAAUGACCUCCUUGAUCUGGCAGGGACGGUGGAAUGUGAACUCCCAAACAGACAUCUGUAUGACUUUGUGGGUAACAUCCGACCCUCGGGAAGAAUGGCCAUUCCUUUGGGACCAGACCAACUCCUACUGAGAGGAGCCAUGCUGAGAAACACAAAAUGGAUAUUUGGCAUUGUCAUCUAUACGGGUCAUGAUAGUAAACUGAUGCUUAACUCCACAUCUGCCCCCCUGAAGAGGUCUCACGUAGAGAAAGUCACCAACAUACAGAUCCUGUUCCUGUUUGGAGUGUUGAUUUUCCUCGCCCUGGCCAGCACCAUAGCCAACAAGGUAUGGACGUCCUGGCACGUGGACAAGGACUGGUAUCUAGCUUACCAAGACUCUCCGCCCAGUAACUUUGGCUAUAAUUUCCUGACCUUCAUCAUUCUGUACAAUAACCUCAUUCCCAUCAGUCUCCAGGUCACGCUAGAGGUCGUCAAGUUCAUACAGGCCAUCUUCAUCAACUGGGAUUUGGACAUGUACCAUGAGGAGACAGAUACCCCCGCCAUGGCCCGCACCUCCAAUCUCAAUGAGGAGCUAGGACAGGUGAAGUACAUAUUCUCUGACAAGACUGGGACACUGACUCGGAAUGUUAUGGUGUUUAAAAAAUGCAGCAUAGCGGGAGUUCCAUAUGGAACUGAUGAAGAAGGCAUAGAAGGCUUUAAGGACCCCACUCUUUUAGAGAAUUUAAAAAGCAACCAUGUGACCGCUCCAGUCAUCAGGGAAUUCCUGACGUUAAUGGCCGUGUGUCACACAGUGGUGCCAGAAAAUAAAAACGGAGACAAAGAUUCAGUGGAGUAUCAGGCUUCCUCUCCAGAUGAAGGUGCUCUUGUAAAGGGUGCCAGGGAACUCGGCUACUUCUUCAAAACAAGGACCCCAGAUGCAGUUACAAUAGAAGUGGCAGGGGAGGAUGAAGUUUAUGAGAUUCUCAAUGUUUUAGAAUUCACAAGCACAAGGAAGAGGAUGUCAGUUGUAGUCAGAACUCCAUCAGGACAAAUCAAACUCCUGUGUAAAGGGGCGGAUACAGUCAUUUAUGAGAGAUUGGAUGAUAAACAAAUGUACCGAGAUAUUACUAUACAGCAUUUGGAGGAGUUUGCUUCUUUAGGUCUACGCACAUUAUGUAUAGCCUCUACUGAUGUGACAGAGGAAUUCUACGAUGAAUGGAAGCACACAUAUUACAAAGCCAGUACCUCAUUACAGAACCGAGACAAGAAACUGGAGGAGGCAGCAGAGCUUAUAGAGAGGAACCUCCACCUUUUGGGUGCUACAGCCAUAGAAGAUAAACUUCAGGAGGGUGUGCCAGAAACCAUCUCCAAUCUAGCCAAAGCAGAUAUUAAAAUCUGGGUCCUUACAGGAGACAAACAAGAAACAGCCAUAAAUAUAGGAUAUUCUUGCCAACUGUUAACUCAAGGGAUGCCACUCCUGAUCAUAAACGAACACAGCCUGGAUGGUACCCGCGAGUCCCUGAGGAAGCAUGUCCAGGACUUCGGUGACCUCCUCUGUAAGGAGAAUGACGUCGGCCUUAUUAUUGACGGACAGACUCUGGACUUUAUAUUUCCGUCACAUGAAUGCCUUAAAAAGCCAAUCAAAAAGCGGCUAGGAAGAAAAAAGACAUUAAAGUAUGGCCUGUCCUGUGACUGUAGAAAAGACUUCCUAGAUUUAGCAAUCUCCUGUAAAGCUGUCAUCUGUUGUAGGGUAUCACCUCUACAAAAGGCAGAAAUAGUGGACUUAGUCAAAGAUUCUGUCAAAAAAAUCACCCUAGCCAUUGGUGAUGGUGCUAACGAUGUGGGGAUGAUUCAGGCAGCACAUGUUGGGGUGGGAAUCAGUGGAGUGGAAGGGCUACAGGCAGCAUGUGCUUCAGAUUACGCAAUUGCUCAGUUUCGUUUUCUGAAUAAGUUGCUUCUGAUCCACGGAGCCUGGAGUUACUCCCGUCUUUGUAAAUUAAUUCUCUACUCCUUCUACAAGAAUAUCUGUCUCUAUGUCAUAGAGUUCUGGUUUGCUAUUAUGAAUGGUUUCUCAGGACAGAUUCUGUUUGAGAGAUGGAGUAUAGGUUUUUACAAUGUGAUAUUCACAGCAGCCCCACCCUUAGCCAUGGGUCUCUUUGAUCGUAUCUGUAGUGCUGAGAGUAUGAUGAAGUUCCCAGCUCUCUACAAGGCAUCCCAGAAUGCCGAGCUCUUUAAUGCUAAGGUGUUCUGGAUGUGGAUCUUUAAUUCCCUGUUUCAUUCUAUUCUUCUUUUCUGGCUUCCUGUGUGUGCUCUUCAACAAGAUAUUGCGUUUUCCAAUGGACAAUCAGGGGGUUACCUCUUCCUAGGAAACUUUGUAUAUACUUAUGUUGUGGUAACUGUAUGUUUAAAGGCUGGUCUUGAGACAAGUGCUUGGACCUGGCUGACACACCUGGCUAUAUGGGGGAGUAUAGCCAGCUGGUUCCUCUUCCUGUUAGUGUACAGUCAUAUCUACAUGGUAGUAGACCUAGCUCCAGAGAUGCUGGGAAUGGACAUAAUAUUUACCUGCUCCAUCUUUUGGAUGGGACUGAUUCUUAUUCCAUUUAUUUGCCUCAUACGUGAUGUGGCAUGGAAAGCAUACAAGAGGACAAUGCACAAAACUCUGAAGGAGGAGGUGCAGGAGAAAGAGAAGCUUCACGAGGAUCCUACUCCUGUCGUCAUCCGACUGACAAAGAAAAGGUUGACAGAGACGGCUCGCCUGUUGAGAAACGUGUUUACGCGCACAUCUCCGAGGAUGCAGUCACCGUCAGAACAGCCUCUCCAUGGAAGUUACAGGAGAACAGAUGAUGGGUUUGCAUUUUCUCAGGAAGAGCAUGGGGUUCUUAGUCAGGCUCAACUGAUACGAGUUUAUGAUUCAACAAAGAGCAAGCCAGAUGGGCUAUAACAGUCUAUAACAGUGACUCAGUGACCGGACCAGGGUGCACAGUGUUUACAGUGUCUACAAUGUCUACAGCGUCUAGGAGUAUCGGCUGUCAUGUCUAUAGUGUCUAGGAGCCCAGUGAAGUGGGUCCAUGGUCUGGAGUGUUUGGUCUUUUGAACUCUUGUGAGGGACCACGUGCAAUACAUUAUCAUUAUCUUUACAUGAGUACGUGUACGGACUACGCAUUCCUGAUUUCUCUACCAGACUUAUCAUAAAAUAAAUAUUUCCUACUCUUUUCAUUUUUUAAUAUCUUAUUGUAAACAGACGUGCAAUAUUGAAUGAGUGCAUAAUUUGUUAACUUUGUAAAAGAUCAUUCUUCAUGUAAAUCAGUAUAUGUUUGUGAUAAUGAACUUCUGGUUUUGAUUAAUACAUUGUGUAGCCUGAGUGACCAGAGGAGUAAAUUAUAAAACAAUGUGAAAUAUCUAUUUCUAGCUCAGAAAAAUCCCAUGAUAAUACAUGCUCUACUGACAAAGAUUGUACAAGUAUAAAUACAUGCUGACAUUACCAGUAUUUACAGUACAUUUAUACUGACAUUGAUUUUAGUACAUUUACAUAUAACAUUGUCAUUGUAUUAGUACAUGUUCUGGUAUAUAAACAUUUAUUUUUUUGUAUUGUAUAUGUAUAAUCAAAUACUGAACUGUUUUGAUCAGACCCAUAGCAACAAUUUUAAAAGUAGAGUGGGUGAGGUUCUACCUUUCUAGUGGCUGGAAUUUACCAGUGUUCAUUCUAGCAGCAGCAUAAAAUGGGGUGGGAUAGGGUGGGGGACAUCUAAAUUAAAUUUAGCAGAGGGUGUAAAAUGAAAUUUACAUUUUAUUUCUAAGUUUUAUUAAGUACACGUACAAUGUCAUAUAAGCUGAGUCUAGUUGUUUUAGCCAAGCUAGUGUGUUAUUUUUUUUUUUUUACAUAGAAGACAUGGUUUAUUGAGAUUAUUUAUUGUUACAGUGUAUUAUUUUAUAAAGAUUUUAGCAGUUUGUUACUGUUAAUUUGCUACUAUGUAAUGUUUUAUUGUGAAAGCCAGAAUGACUUGUACGCCCUGUAGUAUGAAAGAUGACAUGUCAUUGUGAUCAAUCUAGUUUUAUUGAAAAAACAUAUUCCCUGAACUUUGAAAAUACGUGAUCCAAGAUGAUUUAAAUUGCACUCUUUGAAGAUGAAUGUAUUUUUUUUUUUUUGGUCUAAAUAUGUUUUUCUAUUUAUUUGUGUGUAAAAAAAAUCCAAAUACUAUUUGUACUACUUCUACAGUUAUGGUUUUGAUUGAAAUAAAACAAAAUGUAUAUUAAUUAUAUCUUCACUUGAGGUACAACUUUUUCUCUUACACUUCUUACAUCAAACCUCUCAUAACAGACCUCCAGUAACAAAAAUUCUCACAAUUUAUAUUUCAGGCUAGUAGUGAUAUUUUUUCCUAAAUUAAAAGUACAGCAAAAGACUACUAGUGUUAUUCAAAACAGUGAAGGGAGGGAGCUAGCACCCUCCCCCUACUAUGUAUAUUUGAACAUCACAAAAUAAUGUACAGUGUAUAUUUAUCCCUUAUACUGCAUACAGAUUAAAAUAAGCUAAAACUUGAAAAUCAUGUGAACUCCCCUCACUUUUCAGUAAAAGCAAAAUAAGGGUAAAAUGGAAAUAGAAAUAUAAUACAGUCAGCUGUAUCAUUAAAUCAUGUUUUAUAUCCAGCUCAUCAUUAAGAAAAUUCCAGUAUUUGUUUAAACUCUGUCUCUGUGUAUCAUUGAUAGUAAUCCUCAUAUUUUUUUCUAUUCUAAUUAUAAAUACUUAAAACAAAUUAUAUAGUACUAGUGCGCAAGUAAAAAUUUUAUUACUCUGUUAUGGAAUCAUUAGAUUUUGUCGGGACUCAGGAUUCAAAUCCAGGAAUUAUCAUUGGCCUCCACAAAUAAAUAUUACAGUCAUUCCUUUUUAUGAAAGAGUGACUGUAAAAUUAUAUUCAUCUCACAAACCUGUCAAAUUUAGGUAAUCUGUAAAGAUUGGUCCUGGCCUAUAAAUUUUAGUGAUUGUAUAUUAAUUCAAACAAAGAGGUGUGGGUAGUGUAAAGUUAUUCAGUCUUAGAGGAUUUUUAAUUUUUCAUUGACUAAUAUUUAUUGAUUUGUGACUUUUGGUUAUUCCAGAAAUUUACUAUUAUUUUACUGUUUACUAUAUGAGAUACAUUUCUGCUAUGAAUAGGUGUUUAAUUAUGAGACAAAAUAAACUGUGUCAGAAA